AUGUAUGCAGAACGGCAGUUGGCAUACGCGCCAACUCCCUACAGCUAUACCCCGACUUCGACCCUUUCGGCCACUAUCAAUGUUGAUGAGGAACUCAAGCUCGCAAACAACAGUGCUGAACGCGACCUUUAUGAGUCUCUGGCCGAGAUAUACAGCAUCAUUGUCACCCUGGAAGCACUUGAAAGAGCUUUUCUGAAAGACUCUGUCUCCGAAACUGACUAUACCGACACAUGCAGCCGUCUGCUGAAGCAGUACAAAUCCAACCUGGCAGAUGAUUCAGUCGCCAGGGCGUUUGGAAGCCUCGACUCAUUCAAGCUGGAAUGGAAUCUCGAAGUGCCGCGAGCCACUGAUCGUCUGAAGAUUGGUCUGCCGGCUACGAUAGAGGCUCCAUCACGCGCACCCGGUGCUCCUUCUGGUGGUGGAGCUGGUGCAAAUGCUACGCAUAUCGUAUCAGCUUCCGAAAACUUCAUCACUCUGUUCGAUGCCAUCAAGAUGAAUAUGCUGUCGAAAGACACUCUCCAUCCUAUUCUUGUCGAGACGAUUCAGGCUGUCAACAAGGUUACAGACCGCGAUUUUGAGAACAAGGCCAAGAUAGUACAGUGGCUAAUCACUCUCAACCAAAUGCGCGCUGCUCAAGACCUUUCGGACGAUCAAGCGCGUACCUUGAAUCGUGCAUCAGAGAGCGUCACUUUUGCGAUCAACAAAAUGUCCGCUUCUACCACAGACGACAAUACAGCACAUCAACCAGAUCCGGAGGAGGAGGAGGUUCUGGAUGUGCUCGACCUCCCACAAAUUUACACCAAGCCGUCCUCACAGCAACUAUUAGAUGCCCUAUCUCUACUAUGUCUGGUACCACAAUCAUGGGACAAGACCGCCACGCAAUCGAAACCUAAAGUCCGCUCCAACGGCGUCCCUCAGUACCUUAUGCAAAUCGUCUCGAGCCCACUGAACUGGAUUGAAGAUGAUGCAGAGAAAGAGAAGAUUUGGGAUUCUGCCUCACUGCGGCUGAGUGAACGCUCUGGUCGCAGUGCUAUGGGUGCCAUCAGCCGUUCCUUUCGUAUACCCUUAGCCGCCGAGCCCACGAAUAGCUCAAGCACCAUGAAGCCAGUCAUCACCACGUCACACGAACAAGACACUAGUGUGGAGAUCAGUAUUCAUGAGCCUGCUCUCACCGAAGACAAUCUUGGUCUCAAGACAUGGGGCUCAUCCUUCAUAUUCGCCCGCAACUGGCACACCCUUCGCGAUCGUAUCCCUUUACUAUUCGACAAGGACGAGAACGCGACAAUACUGGAGUUAGGUGCAGGCACCGGUCUCGUCGGUAUUGCUGCAGCAGCUGUCUUGGGCGCAAACGUUCUCUUGACAGACUUGCCUGAAAUCGUAUCAAAUCUGGACCGUAACAUCGCUUCAAACCAAGAGACCAUUGAGUCCAAAAAUGGAAUUGCCCGCGCCGCUACGCUUGACUGGACUGUGCCAGACAAGAUCAUAUACAGCGAAGAGGUGAAUGGAUCGCAUGAGGAAGAAAGCUCAAAAUACCCUCUCGUUGUCGCUGCCGACCCCAUAUACUCCAAGGAACAUCCCGCAUGGCUUGUUCAGACGAUACACUGCCAUCUUGCUCAAGGUUCUGAUGCUCGCGUUCUAAUUCAGCUACCGAUUCGCGAAGCUUAUGCCGAGGAGCGUGCAGAUCUAAAGGAUCGCAUGCUCAAGAUUGGCUUGGAGCUCUGCCACGAACAGACAGAGGCAAGCUACGACGACUGGAGUGACGGACAAGGUGAAGAACUGAGUGAGGUCGAAUGUUGGCUGGGCAUGUGGAAAUGGAAAGACGCAUGA